AUGAAACCUAUUAAUUUGGGAUAUUUCCAAAAGGUUAUUUGUAUUAAUUAUAUUUAGUUAAUUAUGAAAAGGUAUGAAAAUACAAUAAUUUAGUAUUGGAGUAUAAGAAUAUUAAUAAAAAUUAGUCAGAAUCUAUUUGUUUUCGUUUAAUAAAAUAAUUAAUAUAAAUUAUUAUUUAUUUGUAAAAUUAAUAUAGAGAAUGGGAUUAUGCUCAUCUAAAAAAUUAGAGUCUAAAAGAAACAUUAUUGUAAGAUUAGAGGAUCAUGUCAAAAAGAUAGAUUAAAAUAAUAUUCACGAUCAAGCUUUAUUAAUUUUAUAUAAUAGCAGAAAUUAGAGAGUAUCACAUUUGAAUGAACCUAUAAUGAGCGGAUUUAGUAAACAAUUUCAAAAAACUUAAGAGCCUUCUCAAAAAAGCUCUGCUUGA